AUGUUGGCUUGUGCAGAAAUCACGCAGAGCUCGUACAAGCUGACAGUGAAAGCUACGGACAACGACUCCUGCUGCAGUGCACGACCAAGCGCCAGCUUAUCCAACACUGUACUCGCCAACAUUACCGUAUUCCAGGCGCAGACGCAGCUGAUCGCUGUGCAGGCGAUCGACCAAGGUCCGGCCGACCGUCCGACCGCGCCCGGCUACUGUGAUGUGAUCAUCUCCGUCUACGACCCCGCGGGAGGCGAGCGGCCGCCCGUCUGGAUCGACGCGCCCGCGCAGCCAAUCGCGCUCGCGGAGAACGUGCCGCAGCGGCACGAUGUCGUGCAGCUGUCAGUCAACACGCGCGGCGACGUCCAGUUUCUCGAGCUGUACGGCGCGAUCACGAACACAAACGCCGAUCAUCAGUUCCGCUUUACUCCCGACGAUGACAAGGAUUACUCCGGCACGCUGCGCGUCGAGGCCAACACCCUCGACUACAACACCGUCAACGUCUACCAGGUGCCCGUGAGGGCCCAAGACAUGAUGUCCAAGCUGAAGACGGACUACUUCAUACCGAUCAACCUCGUCGACAUGAACAUCCACGAGCCGCAGUUCACGGCGGCGUUCUACAACACGAGCGUGAAGGAGAACAUCACGAUCGCCGAGCACCUCUACCACGACCCCAUCAUUCAGGGUCUACCACGGGCUCACCCCCACUCCAUUCCACCCUACCCGGGAUUUCUCACAAAGGCCGCACCUGCUUCCUCCUUGCAGGAGUACGUGCUCACGCUGACCGUGUCGGACGGCGUGCACAGCAGCGACGCGACCUUGACCGUCGCCGUGACCUUGGAGAACAUCCGGCCGCCCGAGUUCACGCACAAGCAGUACAACGUCUCGACGGUCGAGGAGGACUCCAGCGUCCCCAGCGACGGAACCAACCCCAAGCUGCUGUACAAGUUCGCGGGAGAGGUGACCAACAACGACAUCGUCAGCGAUCGCAUCGAGUUCAAGCUGUCUGGCCAGGGCACGCUGCCGGCCGCCGACCCGGCCUUCCGCGUCGACCCGACGAGCGGGGAGCUGUACAUGCACAAGCCGCUAGACCGCGACCUGCCAUACGGCCAGGAGACCUACACGCUGCUCGUGUCGGCGCAGGACUCCGCAGGUUUAUGUGAUUAUCACGAUUACCACUUCGGAACGGCUGGCACUAUUAGCCGCUGUAAUUGUGGAGUGCUAGCGAGUACGACGAUCGACAAGUGUGGGAUUCAGGACAGAUACGACAGUUUGCCAUCGCAACUAAGGAUGGUGUCACUGCAGAGGACGCCCCAGUAG